GACAAAAAAGAAAGUGGUGGGGAGAUCAACAAUUUAUCGAAAACAUUCAUAUGAGAGAACGUGAGAAUAGGGAACAGAGAACGAGAAGCGUUUAUAUUUUUAUUUGUAUUUAUUGAAAUAUAUACCGUUUAUAGUAUUUACUUAAUAUUCUAUAUACAAUUGUAUCACAGCCCAAAACAUGUCCAAUAAAUUCGAGGCUACUUGCAGGUUAAAAGCUAAUGAAGAAAGUGGGGAUGAUGAAACACAGUCAAAAGAUAAUCAAAAAUCUGAGAAAGAUACACUACCUCAUAUAGAAAUUAAUCCAAAUGAGCACAAAUUACAGUAUGCAUACGCAUUAUGGUAUAGUCGACGCAGUCCUGGUAAACAACCAAGUAUACAAAGUUAUGACCAAAACUUAAAAUUGGUUGGUAGGUUUGCGAGUGUGGAACAAUUUUGGAGUUUGUAUAGUCAUUUAGUUCGACCAUCGGAAUUGGCUGCACAUACAGAUUUUCAUCUUUUCAAAGUUGGGAUAAAACCAAUGUGGGAAGAUGAAGCAAAUCAGAAAGGUGGUAAAUGGGUAGUAAGAUUAAGAAAGGGUUUAGUGUCUAGAUGUUGGGAAAAUUUGAUAUUAGCUAUAUUAGGAGAACAAUUUAUGGUUGGAGAAGAAAUUUGUGGAGCUGUGGUAUCUAUAAGAUUUCAAGAGGACAUAAUAUGUGUAUGGAAUAAGACUGCAUCUGAUUAUGCAACUACUGCACGUAUUAGAGACACAUUAAGGAGAGUAUUACAUCUUCCAGCCAGUGCCUCUAUGGAGUACAAAACACACAAUGAAAGUUUAAAAAAUGUUCAUCGGUUCUAAUACUGUCUGAUACUGACUCAGUUCUUUGAACUUUUCAUGAUGGAUUUUGAGCCAAUUGAUACUUGUGAGAAGAUUUUUCUUAGGAGAAAAAUAUUUUAUGACUAAAAAAUUUGAAUGGACAUCUUAUUCGGAAAUACAUUUUAUUCACAAAUGUUCCAUUGUAACUUAUGUAAAUAAUAAAUACAUGUUGAUAAUAAAAAGUUCUUAUUUCUAAA